AUUAACAAAGAGUCGACUACAACUUCGACUUCCUUAACCCCUCCCCCUCCAAAACCAGCAAAAACAGUCGUUGCUCUUAGUAAGUGAUGGAGAAGCAGAGCAACAAUGGCAGAAAACCUCCGACAGUGCCAAAAAAGCUACCAAAAGAGAGAGUUUUCGGAGCAAACGCAGUUAAUUUAUCAGAAAUUGAAGCAAAUAAUCUAAUUGGAGGAAUUCUAGAAAAGGGCAUUAUUGAUAAUAACUUCUCAACUCCCCCUUCUUCAUCUCCUCUUCCUUCUCUCCUCCCUUUUCCCGUUGCCCGACACCGUUCUCACGGCCCUCAUUGGGCUCCAAAUGUGAGCCACUUUGCAGCUGCCGGUGGUGGGGUUGAUGAUGAUGAUGUAUAUGAUGAAGAUGAUGAUCCUACAUGUUAUGACCCAAUAGCAGAUUUUGCCGAGCCAAUAAUAAAGAAAAAGAAGAAGGGACUGGAUUUGAGUAAAUGGAGAGAGUAUGUUCAAAGUAAGGAUGUUUCAAAUAUCCAAGAGAAGGAUAAGAAUCGCGGUGUAGAAGAGGGUGCAGGAAAACAAAAGAUGAAGGGAGAUUCUAAGAUGAUUUAUAGUGAAGAACGCGUGGUUAGCAAACCAUCAUUGGUUAUAAAUGGAAGCAAUGAAUCAUUGCCUUUACAGGGGACUCCUGAGGUGGCUGUUAAUGGUCUAAACAGCAGUAAUCUUCAGGAUGAGGCUCAUUGGGAGAGGUCUUCAUGUGAUGAUGCAGAUAUGCCAACAGCAAAAAUCUCAUCUGUUGACAUGCUAGGUCUAAGGAAUAAGCACCAUUCAGCAACAUCUGAACCCAACAGCAUAAGUAACGAGCAAGGAAGCACGAGUCUUGAGAGUCAGAUUGACACUGAGAACCGAGCCCUAUUAGAAAGAAUGUCAACAGAGGAGAUUGGAGAAGCACUGACAGAUAUACAGAACAGGAUUAGUCCUGAAAUGCUUAAAAUGUUGAAGAGACGGGGGCUACAAAAGUCAGAGAAGCAGAGCUCAAGCUGUAGUUCAGAUGAUGGUGUACAUGCUUUGGGUGCUGGCAAACGUUUAACUGAAGGUGAAAAGGAGUCUCCAGUUCUAGAAACUGUUGUAUCUCCUAAGGAGGUUAAUCUAAGUAAGCUGAACACAGAGACAGGGUCACAUGAAGGUGGACAGAAUUUGCUGUCAAAAGGCAGCAGCUUAUGGGAUAUUUGGAGUAAACGGGUCGAGGCUAUCAGGACUCUUAGAUUUUCAUUUGAUGGAAAUGUUAUUGAAGGGAGUUCCUUGGAUCCGUCAUAUACUGCUGACAACGUUUCUGAGCGUGACUUCUUGAGAACAGAAGGGGACCCUGGUGCUGCUGGGUAUACAAUUAAAGAGGCUCUAGCUCUUACAAGGAGUGUUGUUCCUGGACAACGAGCUGUUGCAUUGCACCUUCUUGAAACUAUACUUAGUAAGGCUUUGCACAACAUUUGUGAAAGUCAAUUUGAUAAUUGUACAAACUUGAGUAAUGAAAAGAACCUUGUUGAUUGGGAGGCCAUUUGGGCUUAUGCAUUGGGUCCAGAGCCUGAGUUGGUGUUAUCUCUGAGGUUGGCACUUGAUGACAAUCAUUCCUCUGUUGUUUUAGCUUCUGCCAAAUUAAUCCAAUGCAUCCUAGCCUGUGAUGUGAAUGAGAAAUUCUUUAAUUUGCUAGAGAAAAUGACAAUGAAGGAUCAAUAUACUGCUCCAGUCUUCCGAAGUAGACCUGACGUCAGACAUGGUUUUCUUAGUGGCGGUUUUUGGAAAUACAAUAUUAAACCCUCCAAUAUUCUUCUUUCUGAGGAGGAAAUUAUAAAUGAAAAGAAUGAAGGAGAACGAACUAUUCAGGAUGACAGUGUUGUUGCCGUGCAAGAUGUGGCUGCAGGUCUGGUUAGGAUGGGUUUCCUAAUUAGGCUUUGUUACCUUUUAGAGACUGAACCAGCAGUAGCUCUGGAGGAGUGCAUAUUAUCAAUACUUGUUGCAGUUGCUAGGCAUUCCCCAACAUGUGCAAGUGCAAUCUGGAAGUGUGAUAGGCUUGUUCCGACAAUUGUCAACAAGUUUACUAUGAAAGAUGCACCGGAACUUCAGGCUUCUAAAAUAAAAUCUGUGACACUUUUAAGAGUUUUAGCUCAAUCAAGCAAGAGCACGUGUAUAGAGCUUAUUCAGAAGGGGUUCUUCCAAACUAUGACGUGGCAACUGUAUCGAGUGAUGUAUUCUAUUGACGAGUGGAUAAGAUAUGGGAAAGAGAAGUGUAAGCUAGCUUCAGAGUUGAUGGUGGAGCAAUUACGUUUUUGGAAGGUCUGUGUCAUGCGUGGCCACUGCAUUUCCUCUUUCACCGGUUUCUUCCCUGCAUUGUGCCUGUGGCUGAAUCCUCCUACUUUUGACAAACUCAUAGAGACAAAUGUUUUUCAUGAUUUUGCUUCCAUCAGUAUGGAAGUGUACCUUGUUUUGGAAACACUAGCUAGAAGGCUCCCAGAUCUACAUUCCACAGAAGAUAAAAAUCAAGAGUUUCAGGGAAAUUGUGGCGAUAACCUAGAAACUUGGUGCUGGAGUGACGUUGGUCCGAUGGUUGAUAUGGCUUUGAAGUGGCUAGAGAUGAAGGCUGAUUCAACAUUGUCAAAGUUCUUGUACCAGCAGAAUGGAGUUGAUGACAAGUUUGUGAACCAUACUCAUAUUUCUUCCUUUUUAUGGAUACUGUCGGCUGUUAUGCACAUGCUUAAUACUGUUCUAGUAAAAGCGACUCCUGGAGAUGCACAUGAGCUGGAAGGCAGUGAAAAAAAACGGAAGUUGCCAGACUUUGUAGCUAAGCUUUUACUUAUCAUCAUUAAAAAUGAUAUUCUAAAUUUUUCUGAUGAAAACAAGGAUGGCUCUUUUGUUGAGAAGUUGUGUCAGUUUAGACAUCAAUCAGAUUCUGAAAUGUCAAUAGCUUCUGUGUGCUGCGUUCGUGUUUUACUCCAGGUAAUAGUUUCUACUGAUCAGGUGAUUCAGCUAACUGGAGAGAGUGUUGAACAUAAGUAUUUUCAUGAAUAUGAUUUGAUUAGAGACAGUAAGAUACUUCAUGGUGACAUAUUUGAAUGUUCACUGAUUGAGUGGAGAAAAGUUCUUAGUGACUUUGUGAAGUUAGUUGGUUCAGAGUGGCAAUUCAUGCACCGCAUUGAGGCAUUUGGCAGGGGAGGUCCUGCUCCUGGGGUUGGAGUGGGAUGGGGAACUUUUGGUGGUGGCUUUUGGUCCUUAACUAUUGUGUUGGCUCAAGCAGAUGCAAGAUUGCUUAUUGAUUUGCUUAAAUCUUUUCAUUCAUUGUCUUCUGGAAAUCUUCCUGAGGUGGAUGGGCAUGAUUUUAUGGCACAGAGUGUCAAUUCUGCCCUAGCACUGAGUACAGUUGCAGGACCAGGGGAUGAACUGAUCGUCAAGAAUGUGUUAGAUAUCUUGCUGAAUGUCCCUGUUCUCAAAUAUCUAGAUCAAUGUAUUUUCCACUUUCUUCACUCUUAUAAUGGAAUAGGACCAUUUAAGUUGGACUAUAAAGACUGUGACUUCAUUCAACUUGGCGAGAUUCUGGCUUCUCACUUUAGAAAUAGGUGGCUGUCUGUGAAAAAAAAGAAGAAACCUGAAAAGGAUGAAGGCUACAACCGUGGAACUAACACGGUUAAACCGAGUGGCAGAUUUCUUGAUACCAUUCCAGAAAAUAUGGAAACAUCACUUAUGACCGGGGAAAAUGGCAACACGUUAAUGUUUGAAUGGGCUCGACAACGGCUGCCUCUUCCUAGUCACUGGUUGCUAAGUCCUAUAGCAACAGUUGGUGACAUUAAGUCUAGCGAUACCCCUGCUCAGGAUCCGAUGAGAUUCCAUGAAGUUGCUAAAGCUGGGCUUUUUUUCCUGUUGGGUAUUGAAGCAAUGUCCUGCAAGCUUUCAGAGAAAGACAAUUCCCCUAUUCGGAGCAUACCCUUAACCUGGAAACUGCAUGCAUUGUCUGUACCUUUACUUGUAGGAAUGGAUGUACUUGAAGGAAAGAGCAGGUCUAUGUAUGGAGCAUUACAAAGCCUCUACAGUCAGCAUCUGGAUGAAUUAUGGCUCAGUAGCACAAAAGCUAUUGCUACUGAGACCGAAACUUCGUCAGACACUGGCUUGUUCAGGGCUAGUUGUCUGAGAUUUCAGUCUGAGAUUCAUGAGAGCUAUCCCACAUUUAUUGAAACUCUUGUGGAGCAUUUUGCGGCAAUAUCAUAUGGUGACGUGAUUUAUGGACGACAAAUUGCAAUAUAUCUUCAUCGACUGGUUGAUGCUUCAGUAAGACUUGUCACUUGGAAUGCUCUGUCCAAUGCCCAUGUUCUUGAACUCCUGCCACCUUUGGUCAAUUGUUCAUCUCAGGCUGAAGGAUACCUGGAACCCAUUGAGGAAGAUGCAGAUGUGUUGGGAGCUUAUGUGAAAUCCUGGAUUUCUGGUUCCCUUGAUAGAGCUGCAACUCGGGAGUCGAUGACAUAUACUAUUGUUAUACAUCAUCUGUCAUCAUUCAUUUUCAACACUUCUUUUGGAGAGAAGUUGCUGUUGCGAAAUAAACUUGUAAAAUCACUGCUAAGGGACUUCUCACGCAAACACCAACAUGAGGCCAUGAUGUUGGAUUUGGUCAUGUAUCACCGUUGUCGCACCAUGGAGAAACCAGAGCAAAAUUCAUCUUCUUCUUUACAGAUGGGAGAUAUAGAUGGAAGGUUACAGGUGCUAAAAGAUUGUUGUGAAGGAAAUUCACAGCUUUUGGCACUAGUGGAGACACUUAAAUCUUCCAUUUUAAAGAAGCAGUCAAGAGUUUGAAGUGAACUAGUAAAAUGUAAACAGAUUUUGCUUACUUGAGUGUUAUUUGUUUCCUCCCUGUUUAUAAUACGACUAUAUGUUAAAACUGAUGUGAUUUGUGAAGCUAUAUGCCUAUAUAAGUUAUACCCGAACCCGACA